UCUUUCAAAUAUGGUUCUGUUAUGGCUCAUAAUGGGAUUGAUACUAUUCCCAAAUCCUGCGGAAUUUAUGUUUCUUAAGGGUUGCAAUAAUGGCGGGUCCUGUGUUAACGAGAAAUGGAGAAAUGGCACUCAUUGGAACGUCAAUUGUAUGGAAUGGAUGGAACUACAGGAAAACGAAGUCGACAAAUGUCGUAAGCCCUGGAAAUGCUGUCACACUGCGGAAUACGAAAAAAGAAUUAAAUAUUCAGAGGGCUAACCGUGAAGCCCUAACUUUAAUAUCAGAUAUGUUAUGUGACAAUAUCUCAGAAACUGGUUUCUAAUUUUAUGACCUAUUAAAAUAAAUACAGGCAAAACAAAAGGGCACGAGCUUCUCUUG